UACAGGUCGAAUAAUCAGCUCCGUACAUGACUUCAGAAUUCACAUUUUUUGCCUAUACUUCUAAUCUGAUACUUAGCCAGAGGGACUUUUGAGAGUUUCUCAGUAUUUUUUUUACCACAUAAACAGAGGUCAUAGUCAUCACUGCUGUUAUGUCCUGGGUACAAGUUGCAGUCAGCCGAUCCAGUGAGGAUAUAUUUGAUGAAGAUGCAGAUGAGAUGUAUCUACUACAGAAAGAAUGGAACAGCACCAUGAAAAAAAGAUUGAAGGAAGGCUAUAGGGAUGGAAUUGAGGCUGGGAAAGAACUUGCACUCCAGGAAGGCUUUAAUCAAGGUUACAGACACGGUGCUGAGCUGAUGGUUACAUGUGGCCAGUUCAGAGGAACCCUGAAUGCUCUCUUAUCCUGGUGUCAUUUUAAUGGACAUGAUUCUGCUUUAAGUAAGAUAAAUAAUCUUCUUGAUGUGGUUGGAAAGCAUGAAGAAGAUGUGCUUAAGUAUCUGAAUUCUAUUGAACAACAGCCACAUCUUGGACACGUUUUAAAUUCUGUUCAGGACAUGGACCUUAAUCACACAGCUCCCACUGGGACAGAGUAUAAUGAAGCUAAAGCUGGAAAACAUGAAGACGUUGGCAGCUCUGGUGAAAACAUUUGUAGAAAUAAUGGUGAGGUUGGUUCCUUGCAGUCUGAGUGCAGCAAGGCAAACCUCUGCACAGAUCCUGAAAGGUCAACCCUUGCUUGGGUUAAAAAGCAGACUAUUUGGCUAGUAGAGCAACUGGGCUUAUCACUGGAUAUGCUCCAUCAUGUCCAGCAGCUGGAACAUUAGUUUUUCUG